AUGCUGGUCGUCAUUAGUCUAACAAAAAAGAAACUGGCUACAGAUGUACGGACAGAGGGCGUUAUGGGUGGACGAUGCGUUCAACCUAACGUCCUACUUGCUAAGGUUGACCACUGGUGUUUCAAACAUCUUGAACCAAGCGGCUCUUAUGCUUAUGGUAUGUGCGCAGGCGACGAAGAGGAACGCCAACGCGAAACGAACAAUCGUGACCUCCUCGAGCCGCUUCUCAACAAGACGAGAGACAUCUGCCUCAUCCGUAAAAGGGACGUGUUCGUGGCGAAAACACGUGGGGUCUUGUGUCAACAUGAACGUUUCCAUAAAACGUUGAAACAUGAACUGCUAGAGGGUAAGGCAAAUGUCAGAGACGACAGGCUUCUCCAGCUGCUCAGCGCAUUUCCGAACUGGGAAAAGCACAAGGCGCACAUGUUGGCUGUCAACAAAUACUGUGGGCAGCAACAAUUUCACAUCGUAUUUGGUAGUGGAACCUGGGAAGUGAGAGCCAAUGACGACAUAUACUGCGUGGAAGAACAGUAUUGUCCAUGCGUCGAGCAAGUAUAA